AUUGACAAACUUACCAAUAAUGCAGUUCUAUAGUUGGCCUGUUUGGUUAUAAAACUGCUAAAAAAUAUAUAUAUUUAUUGCCAAUGUUUUUGCAAACUCAGAACCAACUUGUUUUCAGCAUUUGUCGAAAUCUGUAAUUUCUUCUAAUAAUGAAAUUAUAGGGAGCAUGCCUUCAGUGGAUCACUAUUCAAUAUCUAUAGCCUAUAUUUUAUUAUUCUCAAAUUACGUGAAAAGCAUAUUCAGGUCAUGCAUUUGUAUAUUGAUCAGGGUAUGCAAAUAAUUACUAGGUUGAUUAUCCAAAUUCUGCAUGCUGUUUUGUGAUUCUAAAGAACCUAAAACCUAAUAAAGUGUCAUAUUUACAAAAGAAACAGUUGCAAAAAAAACUGUAAAUGAUUGACAUAGGCACAAAAUAGGUUGUGACAUUGGCUUUGGUCAUGUGGCCAACAGUACAGCUGUAGUCUAAUUCGACACAUUCCGGUCUGUGCGCUGACUACUCACUGCAUCCAGUGCCUAUGAAUUGACAAGUUUCUGAUGCGCAGGAGCUGGAACAGGGCGCUCUACUUUAUGUAACGCACUGUUUUAUCUCUGCGGAAGAAUACUCAAACACACUGGCCAGUGUCUAUUGACGCUGGAGAAAUUGCAGUUAUAUUUGAAACGGCGCUCCUCAUUGGUUACAGUUGACCUGCAAUAGUCUGCUCGUUGUACGCGAGCCCAGGAUUGGCUACGUUGGAUCUGCAAUGCGUCAAGUAAUGGCGCCUAAUGUUAGCCGAGUAGUUUAGGAAAACGGUAUGGCCGGACAGUCUACUUUGUAUCACAGAGCAUUUUGUAAUAUUAUAACGGUUAAUGUCGACAAGACGUUUAUUUCAGUCUGUCUAGUUUCUCAAAAUCAUACCUCAUCUGACGAGCUCGAUUUGAGUUUUUCGGGAGGAAUGGUGGUGAUUGGUCACCGCAAACAUACACGGAACUAUUUACUUGUAGUCGCGGAAUUUAAAAUGACAGGUGUGUCGAUGAAGGAAUAGAGAAUUAAAAUAUUAUAAAUCCUAUGCUGAUUUCGAGUCUAUUUUGUGAAUUAGAUUUAUGCAUUCAAACCAAGAUUUACUUUUAGGCAAUAAUCUCGCAGCCUGCAACAAUUAAUGGACUGAUUGACGGUUUUAUCAGUCUAUGGAAGCGCGUUCGAGGUGACGUCAUAUUCAUGCGACUGUUUACAUGCAGAGGAGAACAACAUGGCGCUAUUUCCAGCUUUUGCAGGAUUAUCAAAUACAAAAGCAGAGAAUGCACCUAAAGAGCUAGAAUGGCUGAGCAAUCAAAGUUUCCGUACCGACGACGCUCUCUCUCUUCACCAACGAGCCACUGAGAAAGCCAACGAAACACAAUCGGCAGAAACAAGACUCAUUAUACCAGAGAGGGACGAUAAGAAUGACGUCCCAUCCAAGAAGAAGAAAAAGAAGGAGAAGAAGAAGAAAAAGAAAAAGCACAAGAACAAGAGUGGAGAACCCUCCCCAGCAAGCAGUGGCUCAGAUUCAGAUACUAUCUACCCCAGUGACCUCCUAAAAAAUGCUGAGAGCACUCCUCCGAGUGAGGAGGCGCAGUUUCAGAUGGAGGGGUCUUUUGUGUGGUUGGACGACCUCCAGACCCCCACCGAUCGGCCCUUCUGCGUGGACAGGAGAGCAGACCGUGCCAACUGGGAGUACAAAUCACUUUACAGAGGAGAUAUCGCUAGGUACAAGAGGAAAGGCUGUUCCUCUCUGGGUUUGGACCUGCGGUCUCAGGCCGUGAGCUGGGCUGAGUCUGGCCCAGAGAAGAAGAGAGUGGACAGGAGACAGAGACCCAACCGCUACUUCUCACCCAACGUCCGCCAGCUGCUGAGGUCUGAUGGCAAACCCACGCUGCCUAGAUCUCCACCAGAGGGCACCACCACCGCCUUACCCUUCAUCCCUGUGCCCUCCUGCCUGGAAGGUGAGGCAGAGGGGGGUGGCUCUGCCCUGGGCCAGGGCUCCUGGGUCAACCCUCUGGGGGUGUAUGACUCCUCCACCUCCCUGUGGCUCCAGGGGAAAGGGAAGGCGGAGCAGGGCAAGGUAGAGGAACAAACUUCUACUCCCAGGGACAAUGCUGCUGCCAUGCUGUCUGAACGGGUGGAGGACUUCAACAGGAGGCUGAGGGAAACCCCCACGGACACACACACCUGGCUUCAGUUUGUCCACUUCCAGGACGAGGUAGCUGGGGCGCCUGGGGUGUUUGGUGACAUCUCUGAGAACGAGACAGAGCGGCGGAAGAGGUCAGUGCGGGCCACGCUGGAGAAGAAGGUAGCCAUUUUGGAUCGAGCAGUGGAGAAUAACCCCAGCUGCGUGGAACUGAAGCUGGAGCGACUGCGGCUCUGUAGGGAGCUGUGGGAGCCGGCAGCCCUGCUGAAGGAGUGGAAAAAGCUUGUGUUCCUGCACCCCAACAGCGCCCCCCUGUGGAGGAAGUACCUUCUGUUCACGCAGAGCCACUUCAGCACCUUCUCUGUGUCAAAGGUCAACGCGGUGUACGGGAAGUGUCUGAGCACGCUGGCGGCGGUGCAGGAUGGGAGCAUGGUUUCUCACCAGGUGCUGCCGGGCACUGAUGAGCACAUGCUGGCCAUCUUCCUCCAGCAGUGUCAUUUCCUCAGGCAGGCCGGCCACUCAGAGAAAGCUGUGUGUCUGUUCCAGGGCCUGCUGGACUUCACCUUCUUCAAGCCAGACACUGUCAAGGACCUACCCACCAGACAACAGGUGGAGUUCUUUGAGCCAUUCUGGGACAGUGGGGAGCCCCGUGUCGGGGAGAGAGGGGCCAGUGGAUGGAGAGCCUGGAUGACCCAGCAGGAGAGAGGGGGCUGGCUCCAACCCAGUGAACAAGAUGAUGAAGAUGAUGAAGAUCAGGAAGAAUCGGAGGUGAAGGAUAAGACAUGGCCCAAGUGGAGGAUCUGGUUGGACGUGGAGACAUCACGCGAGGCCAUCCAUUGGCUGCCGUGGAGGCCGGACAAAACCAAGGGCCAAUCGGUGGAGGACUGUGAGGACCCGGACCGACAGGUGCUGUUUGAUGACAUUGGGCCGUCUUUGAUCCGGCUGGUCCGCCCAGACCUCCAGCUGCGUCUUCUUCUGUCCUUCCUGCACUUUCUGGGUCUGCCUGCUGACACUUCCUGUUACAGUGCCCCCUCCUGGAGCCUGCUGCUGGACGACCAGGCUCUGCUGGGGGAUGUUCACCACCCUGACUCACCUCUGACCUCCUAUGACCUCCCUGUCCCUGGGGUCAGCCCCGUGGGUCACAUGACCUCUCUGCAGGGUGCCAGGAGGGGGGCGGGGCUGUGUAAGCAGGGGGAGGAAUUUCUAGACAACGUGUUCCAGAUGGUUCUGCCUCUGUUCUCUGCUCAGGAGAGAGCUGUCCUCUCACUGCACUGGAUCCAGUAUGAGAAGCUCAAGGUGCUGAGGUGCGUGCGCGGCAGGAACAAGAGGCAUGUGAAAUUCCAGGGGAAGAGGAGCAAACGCCUGGCCAAGCGCCUGCUGAAGGAGCCAGAGAACCGGGGCCGCCUCAGCCUGUGGAGGGAGUAUGCCCACCUGGAGUGGCUGCUAGGGAAUUUGGAUGAGGCCCACAAGGUGUUCGACACAGCCCUGGGACUGGGCGUGGCAGGAGGGCUGGCAGACCCUGCCCUGUGUGACCUCUGCCUGCUCUACGCCCAGCUGGAGGUAGAGGAGGCCUGGCGAAGGGGUACGGGCGGAGCAGGGACAACUGUUACGACCGCCAUGUCUUCACCAGCGGUCUAUAUCCUCACCAAGCUAGCAGAGGGUAGUUCGUAUGCCCCCUUCUUGGGACAGUUGGCUCCAGUGGCCGUUCUGAAGGCCAGGAAGGCCUAUGAGCAGGCUGUGGUGAGCUCCCUGCCUGGGCUGGAGGAGGGGGCCGCGGGGCAGGGGCACUCCAAGAAGCCCAGGCGGGUCAAAGGUCUGGUGGGGUGUUACGCCCUGUUCCAGUACCUGACUGUGGGGGUCGAUGCUGCUGAUGCAGUCUACAGUCUGGCCAGGAAGAGGCUGGAGCAACACUCCAGUAUGUCAGCACAGGAGUCAUCUAGCAGUGAAGUUAUCAGUGACAUACAGACACAGAGCGCUGUCUCAGAUUGUGAGGCCCUGGCUGUCCAGCAGGCGGCGCUGCUGCGCUACCACACCAGCACCAACGUGUACCCACUUAGCCAUAUCAGACUGGCGCUGACCUCGGCCCUGGCCCACUUUGCCUCUAGCGCCCCCCUGUGGCAGUUGUACGUGCAGGUGGAGAACCGCUACCACAGCGCCGGCAGGGCUCGACGCUUCUUCCACAGCUUGACCAAGGCUAGUGCCAGUGUCAUGCCACGCCUGUUCGCCAUCAGUGCAGAGCAGCAGAGGAAGCAGCUGGUGGACUCUGUUCAGAGGUCUAAUUGCUAUGGCGACACCCUCUCCACCCUGCCAGAGAACGGCCUGAGCAACCGUAUCCGCUCGCUGUUUGAGAAUGCCAUAGCAACGGAGCACGGGGUCCACUGCCCGUUGCUGUGGAGGAUGUACAUGAACUUCCUGGUGUCAGAGGGGAAGGUGGAGAAGGGAAGAGGGAUCUUCUACAAGGCUCUUCAGGACGUCCCAUGGGCCAAGGGUUUAUACAUGGACGCGGUGCAGCUCUUCCCUGAGCACGUGCAGGAGUUCCUGGAUCUGAUGACAGAGAAGGAGCUCAGACUGAGGGUUCCCAUGGAGGAGGUGGACAUACUGCUGGAGGACUGAGGCUCUAAAACCCUUCCCACAGUGCACUGGGGCCUGGCUUCCUCAGACACUCCACUGUGGACACCCAGAAGUUGUGCACUGACCAAUAGAACGACCAAGUGUCCUCAUGCAUUUUACUUUUCAAACAGAUGUGUGAAUAAAUGAUGUUACACGUAUUAGUGUUAAUUCAAUAUUUUGAUGGAAUGCAUAUCCAUAUUUCCAUAUUUUUAUAUUUCCAGCUUUUUAUGGAUUCUUAAUCCAUAUUUUGAUGGUUUAAAUAUCCUAUUUUUAUGUCAAAGAUUUGUUGUGAAACUGAUAAAAACAGUGUUUAUUUGAACUAAACGUUUUGUUUCCUCAUACUGGCUUAUCAACCUUUAUUUAAGAAUGAGCUCUGAGGUUUCAGCCAAUGUGAACCCUGAGGGAUGCUUGUGUACAUUUCCUGCGUGGAUGACGACAUCAUCACAGCUUAACAGUGUGGAAAGGAGCACACCUGAGUGUACACUUCAGAGUCGGGAAGGAGAGAGGAAACACCGAGAUGAGGGUAGAGAAGCUUUGUAUAGUCUCAUUAGUGCUUGUCUUUCAGAGUAGUAGAGCAUCUACUCUGGCUGUCUCGGUGAGUCUGACGCUUCUGAUGUUCCUCUGUGAAUUUACUGGAUUGGCCUCUCCCUUUACUACAUACUACUCAGGCUAUGCUAUGGUGAUGUAGAAUUUCAUUAGUGAAAUAUAUGGUAAGAUAUGGAUAUCAAGUAGUCUUGCUGAUCCUAUGUAGUGAUUUCUCAUAGCUGUAUUUCCUUUUUUUCUGAAAGCACAUCAUCGGACAACUUUUGUUUUGUAUAGCCGAAGAACACCAUCCCAACCGUGAAGCACGGGGGAGGCAGCAUCAUGCUGUGGGGGUGCUUUGCUGCAGGAG